GCUCCAGGCUGCGGGGUGGACGCAGCGCCGAGCGAUCAGCAGCGGAGCCGCGCGAGGCCGCCCGAGCCCCGAGCCCGCGCCACCGUCGCCUUGAGCCAGCCGGUCCCCGGACACGCCGCCGCCGCCGCCGGGAAGGCAGCCGGCGCCGAACAAGUUGCGAGCGCGCCUCUCCGCCCGGGGAAAGUUUCCCCCGCGGCCGCCGGCGGGAGUUGGUUGGGGUCCGGCUGCUGCUGCUGGAAGACUUUAUCCUGAAGCCAUCAGAGAGAGGUCUCAAGAGAAUCCUGACCCUCCCGGAAGGAGCAGACACCAACUGGAAGAGCCAGCAAGAGGCAGAGCCAGGACCAGACCCCAUCUGACUGCAAGCCCCCCGUCCUUUCUGCGGUAACAGCUGCCUUCUCUGAGCAGGUGGGCAUCACCUGGACCGCCCGGGCUUAAAGUGGCCGAGACUAGAGUGCUUCCGACAUCGUCAUCAGAGCAACUUGAAACCUUUGACUUCGGCGUCUAGACCCAGGCCCAGUCCUUUUCCAGACCUCCCAACGCCGGCCACCCAGGAGAAGCUGGGCCACUAAAAGAAAACACAAGAGCCCCUCUGACCAGAGACUCUGUCCUGCUGACGCCUUCAGACCUGCCCAGGUAGAACACCAUGGAAGGCGACUGCUUGAGCUGCAUGAAGUAUCUGAUGUUUGUUUUCAAUUUCUUCAUAUUCCUGGGCGGGGCCUGCCUGCUGGCCAUCGGCAUCUGGGUCCUGGUAGACCCCACCGGCUUCCGGGAGAUCGUGGCCGCCAACCCCCUGCUGAUCACGGGCGCCUACAUCCUCUUGGCCAUGGGGGGCCUGCUUUUCCUGCUCGGCUUCCUGGGCUGCUGCGGGGCUGUCCGUGAGAACAAGUGUCUGCUGCUGUUUUUCUUCCUGUUCAUCCUCAUCAUCUUCCUGGCGGAGCUGUCGGCGGCCAUCCUGGCCUUCAUCUUCAGGGAGAAUCUCACCCGCGAGUUCUUCACCAAGGAGCUCACCAAGCACUACCAGGGCAGCAACGACACAGACGUCUUCUCUGCCACCUGGAACUCGGUCAUGAUCACGUUUGGUUGCUGCGGGGUCAACGGGCCUGAAGAUUUUAGGUUUGCAUCAGUUUUCCGACUGCUGACCCUGGACAGUGACGAGGUCCCAGAGGCCUGCUGCCGGAGGGAGCCCCAGACUCGGGACGGGAUCCUGCUGAGCAGGGAGGAGUGCCUUCUGGGAAGAGACCUCUUCCUGAACAAGCAGGGCUGUUACACAGUGAUCCUCAACACCUUCGAAGCCUACGUCUACCUUGCUGGGGCACUCGCCAUAGGGGUGCUGGCCAUCGAGCUUUUCGCCAUGAUCUUUGCCAUGUGUCUCUUCCGGGGCAUCCAGUAGAGGGCGUGACCUGGAGCCUGAAGCCCCGCCCACCACCGCUGCCCAGCACCCAACGCCCUCCCCUCCCCGGUGCCCUUGCCCUCUUGCCCCCCGGGGGCAGGGAGGCGAAGCCAUCAUGAGUGGCCACAGGAAAGGGCAGAGGAAAAUAGCUAUUUUUUUAACAAAGCAGAAUGAAGACAAGACUAUGGAUUGACGCACCCUGCCUGGCCGGCGGGCUCUCUGCAAGGGCCCCGGGGCUCGAACCCAGGGAGCUGUCUGCACUAGAGACCAAAGGAGCCCCGGGCCCAGUUCCCUGCCUCAGCCCCGCCAGCCUCUGGCAGCCCCGGGCCUGGGCCUUGUCCUCAGCCCCAGCAGCCAAGAAGGGGAGGAUCUCGCCAACAAGCAGGCAGAAGCUACCCUCAGAGAGGUCGCCACGCCCGGGGCCCCAAGGAGACUGAGGCACCAUGUCCUCGAGGACUUGGGACCUCCACUGUAACCCUGGUCUUCAGAGGAUGGACUCACCCCUGUCUCAGGCCGGGCCCAGAGCGGGCUGCAGACACUGGCCCCAAGAACGGCCCAGCUGGCCGGGUCCUCGCUUCUCCCACCUGUUGGAUCAGAUAAUCUGGAAAGCCCAGAGAGGGGCAGUUUCGCAUUCACAGUCACACAGCACCUGCGUGACAAUUCUGAAUAAGAACCCAGUCAUCCCUA